CUGCUCGUGCCAGGGCAGGGUGCUUCCUCUGCAGUCAGCACAUUUCAGUGGGGCAGAAGACAUCUAACUUGCUCCCUCGGGGCUGUUUCUGCAUGCACCAUGGCCUCCUUUGUGGAGCUCAGUACCAAGGCUCAGGUGCCCAUCUUGGGCCUGGGCACCUGGAAAUCUGGCCUCGGAGAAGUCAGAGAGGCUGUGAAGGGGGCCAUUGACAUAGGAUAUCGCCACUUGGACUGUGCAUAUGCCUAUGAGAAUGAGCAUGAGGUGGGCGAAGCCAUCCAAGAGAAGAUCCAAGAGAAGGCUGUGAAGCGGGAAGAACUCUUCAUAGUGAGCAAGUUCUGGCCCACCUUCAUGGAGAAGCAUCUAGUGAGGGAAUCCUGUCAGAAGACCCUUAAGGAUCUGAGACUGGACUAUCUGGACCUCUACCUCAUUCACUUUCCACAGGCUUUACAGCCUGGGGAGGACCUUGUUCCCAAAGACGAUAAAGGCAAUACCAUCAUCAGUAAAGCAACAUUCUUGGACACUUGGGAGGCCAUGGAGGAGCUGGUGGACGAGGGGCUGGUGAAAAACAUUGGGAUCUCCAACUUCAACCACUUUCAGAUCGAGAGACUCUUGAACAAACCUGGAUUGAAAUACAAACCAGUGAUUAACCAGAUUGAGUGUCACCCAUACCUCACGCAGGAGAAAUUGAUCCAGUACUGUCAGUCCAAGGGCAUAGUCACGGCUUACAGCCCGCUGGGCUGUCCAAAUAGAUCUGGGGCUAAACCAGAGGACCCUUCUCUACUGGAGGAUCCCAAGAUUAAUGAGAUUGCUGCAAAGCACAAAAAAUCCACAGCCCAGGUUCUGAUCCGGUUCCACAUCCAGAGGCACGUGAUUGUAAUUCCCAAGUCUGUGACGCUUGCACGCAUCGCCGAGAACUUUCAGGUCUUUGACUUUAAACUGAGCGACGAGGAGAUGGCAACCCUACUCAGCCUCGACAGAAACUGGCGAUACUACACCUUUAACUCGCUGAAAAGUCUGGAGGAGUAUCCCUUCUAUGCAGAAUAUUGAAGCUGAAUCUCCUGAUGCACAUUCUCCUUCUUCAUCUUACUGAAGUGUAAUUCUCUCCACCAGUGUCCUGUUGUAGCCAAGCUUGUCUGAAAUCACACCGAGCCUGCCCUGCUGAAGUCCAGGGGUUAGGCAGUUGCUGUAUCUGGACUGGUUUGUUCAACCAAAGGAAUAGAUUACAACAGGGAGAUUAGACUUAGAUAAGCCACUUACAUUUUUUUUCUGCUUCUUAGAUCUGAUCACGGGGACUCCACUAAACUUGAGGAUACGAUGACUGAAAAUAAUAAAGAAUAAUAAUAACCAACAGGUAUUGAGAGUUUACUAUGUGCCAGCACUAUUUGGGUGCUUUUUGUGUGUGUGAUUCACUGAAUCCUGCAACUGCCCCUUAGAGGGAGAUAUGCUUACAUUUCUCAGAAGAUGAAAUGCAGGAAUGGGGAGGCCAAGGCACUUGAUCAGGGCUACUCAGGUUAUAAGUGGAAGAACCAGGUUUCAAAGGCUCUGGGAGAUCUUCGGUUUCACUGGCAAUCAAAAUGUCAUCUACGUAUUGAAGAAAGGCUCCCUCAUAUAACUGUAGGUCCUUUAGAUCUUUGGCUAGGGCUUCCCUAAAACUGGGAGAAGCAUUCUUGAAUCUCUGGGGAGGCACAAUCCAGCAGAACUGCUGUUUCAAUUUGGUCUCUGGGUCAUCUUAUUCAAAAGCAAAAAAUCCCUGUGAUUCAGGACUUUAGGAUGUGCAAUAAAAGGUCUCUUUGUGACCCCAUGGACUGUAGCCCGCCAGGCUCCUCUUCCAUGGGAUUCUCCAGGCAAGAAUACUGGAGUGCGUAGCCACUCACUUCUCCAGGGGAUCUUUCUGACCUAGGGAUGGAACCCAGGUCUCCUCCCUUGCAGGUGGAUUCUACAAUCGGAGCCACCAGGGAAGCUAUGUAGGCCCCAAACUGUAAGCCAGUAGAAAUCUCCAAAGAAAGUAAGGUAUAGGGGUUGGGUGCCACCAGAUGAAUGUCCUCAGCUACCUGAUUUAUUGCUCUCAGGUCCUGUAUAAAGUGAUAUUCUUGGGUCUCCGGCUUUUGGACUGGUAAUAUGGGAGUGCUGUGUGGUGACUGGCAAGGACAGAUGAGGUUAUAUCCAUGAAGGCACAUAUUACUGGCUGGAUUCCCUCUUUGACAUGUUCCCUUAAGGUCUAUUGUUUUAAGUUCAGAAUGUUAGACCUUGGAUGGAGUUCUGCCUAUGCAGGGUGUUGCUAACUUUUCUUUUUGUGGGUUCCCAUCUGCCCAAACAUCCCAUCUUACCUUCUGCAGGAUCUCUUCAGGUAAUUUCAGGCACUCAGCAUUUCCUAGCUAUAGUAAUGCUGCUUGAAGCAAGUAAGAUUAUCCUGGCAGCACCUUCAUGUCUAUCCUUUCUUGGGAAAAAGUUCCUCUUGCAUUUAGUUUACUCAAAAGGUCUCUCGUCCCAGCAGACGUACUGGACACUCUGGCAUGUACAGGAAACUGCUUCAGAUAAGUCUCUCUCAUCUGACAUUCCUGUGGUUUCCAAAAGGGCUUUUGGAGAGGUUUAGGAGACAGUCUUACUUGGGCUUCUCUUACCUUGGAUGUGGGAUAUCUCUUCACGGCUGCUCCAGCAAAGUGCAGCCGCUUGCUCCUUACCUUGGAUGUGGGGUAGCUCCUCUCGGCCAUUGCCCCUGACCUUGGACAUGGGGUAGCUCCUCUCGGGCGGUGCUGUGCUUUUGCAGCCACCACAUCCGGUCCCAUCACUUCAUGGCAAAUAGAUGGGAAAACAGUGGAAACAAUGGCUGACUUUAUUUUUCUGGGCUCCAAAAUCACUGCA